AUGAAUCACCACCGGACUUCGUUCCUUCUCAAGCUUCCAACUGAGAUCAUCGGCGAGAUCUUCAAGGCCUGUCAUCUCUCAGACCACCUCAACUUAGCUCUCACAUGCCGUCGUCUCGCAGACGGAGGAAAGUUGACCCUCGCGCGCCAUAAGACUGCAGCCCGGGACUAUGGUGUCGUCACUGACUGGCAUCACUUGAAUAUCCCAGACGUUCUCAACAAGGCGAUCUCCGAUCCAUACUUCCGAUACAACAUCCGCAAAAUCGGGAUUCACGGCACACGCUACAACUGGGAAAAUUGGGGAGACUUCAGAGCUGAGCCACCUCCCACAGUCGCUUCACGAACCUUUGAAGGUAGCGAUGUCUCGUAUAACUUCAGAUGGAGACAGGUAUUCGACAGGCCUUCUUGGAAGGAGAUCUGGGGGCCGGGUCAUGAGCACAUCGGUGCCGAGUUUGAUGAAGACGCCAUGACCUACGCGAUGUUGCGCGUGAACAGGUUCAAAGAACAUUUCGCAGGUUCCAUUAGCCAGCAUUGGCACCACUAUAUUCUGCUCAUGGCACGGCUCGAAUGGUUCUCCACCAACGGCAACAGCGACGACGACUCGAUACUACGAGGGAUCGACUGGGCGCAGGAUCUACUUCAUGCUGGCAACGAUAGCCUCCUCAAAGCGUUGUUGAUCUGCAUAUGUCCCAGACUGAACGUCCUGAGACAUGCCAGCUGCAAAUUGACCGACUAG